AUGCACAAUCAUAUAAAUUCUUUUUUUAUUUUUAUUUCCAUUAUAAUUCUUCUUAAUUUUACUUAGAUUCAUCUAAAUUAGUAAUUGGUUUAAUAAAUAUGUUUAUAAUAUCUAUUUCUUUUUCAAUAAUUUAUUAUUUUUUAGCAUAUUUUAGAGGUAUAUUAGCAAUAAGAUUUUUUUCAAUUGUUGCUUAAAGUGAUGAAAACUUUUAAAGAUGAUCACAAUCUAUAAUACAUUUAGAUGAUGUUGGAACUUUAAGUGUUAAAUUAAAUUAUAAUUUUUGAGGCAAAAAUUCUUUAGUGUAUAAAAAUUCUUCUAAUAUGA